GAAAAAUCGUGUGAGAUGUCAAAAGCGGAAAGCGAUUUCAUAUUAUAUGCUUCUUUUUCCUUUUUAUGUUUUCUAGUCAAUGAUGUUUGCAAAAUAAAAACCCUAUAUCUGUAAAAGAAAUAUACAUCUCCAGCACAAAUUUUGUGUUUUCAUGGGCGAUCCUUACUGGAGAUACAGCGCUGCUGCCCCCGCCGCUCCGCCGUCGUCCUCCGACAGAGGAAGCAUACCUAAACCAAGCUUUCCAGGUUAUUUACCAUCUGAAGUGUCAACCUUGACCAAUUAUUAUCCUUAUAGUUCCAGAGAUUUACGUGCUGCUUCCUCAGAUUUUCCACAAAAAGAUAUCUUACCAUCACGUGCUGGGGCUUAUGGCGUCGACGAUUUUGCUGGUAUUCGUUCUGAACCUGGUAUUAGUGGAUUGACUGCCGGAACUAGCUUUAAAGGCUACCCAUCUUCUUUCGAGGAUCCAAGCCUGCUAGUCCGCCAGCGAGAUGUUGCUCCAGGCACUAGCCCUGGCAUCCCUGAUGCGACUUAUGAAAACUCAAUGAGAAGGGCCGAUGGUCCUCCUGUUCCAGCUGGAGAGUCAAAUAUUUUGUUUGUUGAUGGGCUUCCAACUGACUGUACGAGAAGAGAAAUAGGACAUCUUUUUCGGCCAUUUAUUGGGUUUAGAGAGAUUAGAGUUGUUCAUAAGGAGCCCAGACGUCGUGGAGACAAGGCGAUGGUGCUGUGCUUUGUGGAGUUUACUGAUGCAAAGUGUGCUCUCACGGCUAUGGAAGCCCUCCAAGGUUACAAGUUUGAUGACAAGAAACAGAACUCCCCUCUCCUGAGGAUCCAUUUUGCUCAUUUUCCUUUUCGCCUACCAUCUAACCAAGAUGAGCAACGAUUUGGAGGUGCGCGAUGACCACAAGGCAAACCCCAUGUGCUGACAAGUAUUCUGCAUUCCAAGGACUCCGUGGAGAUGCUAGUCAUAAAGCUUUUUCCUGAAGAAAAACCUAUACAGUCCAUUUUGUUGUGUAUGGUGUUGCCGGGUACGGUGCAAGGAGCAACAUUAGAAUGCUCCUAACAUUUUAGGUUAGGUUGUGUACUUGCUUGGCUUCAUAAGGCGAGUAAAGUACAGGUUCAUUAAGUUUGGGGAUUAUAUCAAUUCUGGACUUCGAUGUCAUAGAAAAGCAUCAAAAUUAUUCGCUUCAAUAUCCAUAUAGACAUCAUUA